GAACGGUCUAGCCAUUUUGCUAGCUAACUGUAGGUUACCAUUUCUGUUUUAAACUAGCUAUAUUUUAAAAAUAGGUUUUUGAAUCCAACAUAGGCCUAUAGAUGUUAUUCAAUAAAUUGUUACAACGUAACAGUGACAAGCACACAGGCUACAAGAUUUACCUACAAGAAGAACACUGCAGCACAGAUUAGUCUUUUGACUUUUUGUAACCAAUCAAAGACCAUGCCAAUAGUGUACUGCUGUGUAGCAAGAAGCAACAUCAUCCUUGCUGAUCUUGCUCUCAGAGGUGGAAGGUUUCAGGAGGCAGCAUUGAGUUUUCUGAGACCUUUUCCGUUUGGAGCUCUGUAUCGAAGGACCAUACCAUUGGAUGGGUUCAGAUACCACAUCCUGUCAGAGGAUGGAAUGUCCUAUGUCUGUGUCACAGAGCUCAGCUAUGAGUCCAGGAGGGCCCAUGAAUUCCUUAACCAGAUCUGCAGUUUCUUUGCUAACAGCCCCCUGAUAAAGAAAGCGGCCUUUGCCCAGCCAUAUGAAUUCAGCUCUGACCUGCAUCAGGUGCUUGGACAGCUGAUGGCUGACUACAGUUCUCAACAGCCAGCCUCCUCUAAGCUGGACUCUGUGCAGGGCCAAGUCAACGAAGUCAAAGUUAUACUCAAAGACAACAUUGACAAAGUGCUGGAGAGGGGAGAGAGAUUAGAUGACUUGGUUGACAAGACACAUGACCUACAAGCAACCGCAGACUCCUUUCAGAGGACAUCCACACGGGUAGCUCGGAAGUACUGGUGGAAGAACGCCAAGAUGAUGAUCAUCAUUGGAGUGAUAGUGCUGAUCAUCCUCAUCCUCAUCAUCCUGUUUGCUACAGGUGUCAUCCCCAGUUAAAUCAUCUCACAGACUCCUACAGUACUACAUUAUCACUAAGAGGAAAAGGAUGAACCACAAUUACGAAGUCAUAUUUGGAAUUUGAUGAAACUGAGGUUUAAUUUGAGUCUUCUCCAAGGUGGAUUCAAGGUGGAUUGUGUAUAGUAACGUGACAAAAUAACAUUUCACAUUAUGACUUCUGUAAAUAAGCAUCCUGGAAUUUGUUUGAUUGUUUUUGGAUUAUAUGGAUCUGUUCAUUUGAUAUUUAAUAAGAUACAUUUCAUAAUGUUUGUAGAUACAUUUAUAAAAAAAAAUACAUAAUAUAGAACAUUUCUCACCACUAAUGUUACAGUUUAGGGGCCUCAUCCCACAGUAUAAAGGUGCAUUGAAUUCCUUAAACUGGAUGAUUUUCAUAUUUGUGCUUAAUGGUGGCCACCUCUGGCAGCCAUAAUAGUUCACUACAAUAGUUCACUCCAUUACCGUGUACAGUUACACUCCACUAGCAAUGUUACACUCACCAGUUUAUUAGGUACACCCAUCUCGUACCGGGUCUGACCCCACGUUGCCUCCAGAACAGCCUGAAUUCUUUGGGAAGUGGAUUCUACAAGGUGUCAGAAACGUUUGUUGCUCAAUUGGUAUCAAGGGACCGAACAUGUGCCAGAAAAACAUUCCUCACAACAGUACACCACCGCCACCAGCCUGUACCAUUGACACCAGUUAGGAUGGGUCCAUGGACUCAUGCUGCUUACACCAAAUCCUGACUCUGACAUCAGCAUGACACAACAGGAACCAGGAAUUGUUGGAGCAGACAAUGUUUUUCCACUCAAUUGUCCAGUGUUGGUGAUUGUGUGCCCACUGGAACCCGGUGUGGUGCAAUAGCCCAUCCGUGACAAGGAUCGACAAGUUUUGCGUUCCGAGAUUACGUUCUUCACACCACUGUUCUGCGUCAUUAUUUGUUGUGGCCAGCCUGUUAGCUUGCACGAUUCUUGCCAUCUUCCUUUUUCCUCUCUCAUCAACAA